CCUCUCGAGAAGGGACUGGUACUUUCGUUCUAAAGCUCUCGUUUCCUCGGGGAACAGAAUUGCUAGACGCAAUUGGUGCGCUGUCUUUAGUCUUCCCCGUUCUCUCCGUAAGGGGUUAAAUCUCAGGCUCCGGCGUCGUGGGAGAAGGUGAGGUAGGGAGAUCUGAGUUGUAAUUAUUCAUUAUGUUUCCACUGACUGAGGAAAACAAGCAUGUGGCCCAGUUGUUGUUCAGUACUGGUACAUGUCCAAGAUGUAUCUUCAGAUUCUGUGGUGUGGAUUUUCAUGCACCUUACAAACUUUCCUAUGAGGAGUUGCUCAAUGAACUACAGAAAUUUCUGGAAACUGAAAAAGAUGAAUUAGUUUUGGAAGUUCCAAAUCCACCUCCCAAGAAAAUUCGACUACAAGAACUAGAAGAUGGGAUUGAUGGGAUUGAUAAUCUGAGUCAAAAUGGAAAGGGAAGGGUCUCCAUUAUUGAAGAUGGAAGCAUCGCUUCCAAAAACUCAAGUUUAAAUGUAUGCAAUGUAUGCCUAGGAAUUCUUCAAGGAUUCUGUGAGAAAGAUUUCAUUAAAAAGGUGUGCCAAAAGGUUGAGGCCUCUGGAUUUGAAUUCAACAACUUGGUAUUUUCAGUCUCCUUCCCACCACAGUUAUCUGUAAGAGAGCAUGCUGCAUGGUUGCUGGUAAAACAGGAAAUGGGAAAACAGAGUCUGUCACUGGGAAGAAAUGAUAUAGUUCAACUAAAAGAAGCCUACAAAUGGAUAACUCACCCCUUGUUUACAGAGGAACUGGGUGUUCCCAUUGAUGGAAAGAGCUUGUUUGAAGUGAGUGUGGUCUUUGCUCACCCAGAAACAGUUGAGGAUUGCCACUUCUUACGUGCAAUAUGCCCAGAUUGUUUCAAGCCAGCCAAAAACAAACAGUCAGUAUUCACUAGAAUGGCAGUUAUGAAAGCUUUGAAUAAGAUAAAAGAAGAGGAUUUCUGCAGGCAGUUUCCUUGUCCUCCAAAUUCACCAAAGGCUGUAUGCACUGUUCUUGAAAUUGAAUGUGCUCAUGGGGCUGUUUUUGUGGCUGGGAGAUAUAAUAAAUACUCCAGGAAUCUACCACAAACUCCUUGGAUAAUUGAUGGAGAAAGGAAGCUGGAGUCUUCAGUGGGAGAAUUAAUUUCAGGUCAUCUUUUGACAGUAUUUAAAGCGGAGAGUUUUAAUUUUUCAUCCUCUGGAAGAGAAGAUGUAGAUGUGAGAACAUUAGGAAAUGGAAGGCCCUUUGCAAUUGAGCUGGUGAAUCCUCAUAGAGUACAUUUCACUUCACAAGAAAUUAAGGAACUUCAGCAGAAAAUAAAUAACUCGUCUAACAAAAUCCAAGUCCGUGACUUGCAGCUUGUCACAAGAGAGGCAAUAGGACAUAUGAAAGAAGGUGAAGAAGAAAAGACCAAGACCUAUAGUGCCUUAAUAUGGACAAAUAAAGCAAUACAGAAGAAAGAUAUUGAAUUCCUAAAUGACAUAAAGGACUUAAAGAUCGACCAGAAAACGCCUCUCCGGGUCCUACACCGGAGGCCCCUGGCUGUGAGAACCCGCCUCAUUCACUCCAUGGAGACAUGCUACAUGGAUGAACAUCAUUUCCGCCUCUAUCUGAAGACGCAAGCUGGAACCUACAUUAAAGAAUUUGUACAUGGAGACUUUGGGAGAACCAAGCCAAACAUUGGCUCUCUGAUGAACGUGACUGCAGACAUUCUUGAGCUGGAUGUUGAGUCUGUAGAUGUUGACUGGCCCCCUGCUCUGGAUGACUAGCUUUCAAAUUUGGAAACAAAGAAUAGGGUUUAUGCGGCACGACGGGGACUUUAUUCAGCGUACACUGUAUUAUGGCUGUUUACUCACCAUAAUGGUGUCUUGGAAACUAUCUGGAUCAUGUUGAUCUAUUUAUUUUUAAAUUUGUUGUAACAUCUCAGGAUCUAUAUACAGUAUAUUUUGUGUUAAAUUGUUUUAAGGAUGUCUUAUGAUUUUCCUCAUUCCCUCUCCAACCCCCACCAGGCAAACUGAAUAAUGAAACCAUUUUCUUCUUUCAUUUAGAGAGGUACACAAACAGAAUGCAUUCUCUGAUAAUCUGAGAAGCUAUACUUUUAGCAAAAUUUUCCUCUAGAAGAGAAUUACCACCUUUAAAAUCAUGUUAUAAAUUUUAAAAAUGAUCUCGAUAGAAGUUAUACCUAUAUUUAUGCAGUACAGUAUCUUAUAAUAAGAUGUCAAAUGUAAAUCUGACACCAUUAAUAUUUUUCUCAGUAAGCUUCUAGCAAGCUACUACCAAUAGAAGUACUUUUGGUGUGAUUUGUUACAAAAGUUAACAACUUCAAGUUACUAUUUUGACAAUCUAAAAUUGUCAACACAUUUCCUGGGGAGGGAAAGUAAAACCUUAGGAACUGAGGCAUACCAUGGUAAGAGAGACAUUCAUAAAUCUUUUAAAUAAGGAGACACAAGUGCCUUCAAUAACUUCAAUGCCAGGGAUAAGAUUUUGAAAAAUUGAGAUUGCCAAACAAAGAAGGUAAGCUGAUAUUAUUUCAGAGUGCUUUAAUAAAGUUAUCUAACUUCAAACAUCCUCAUCAGGUAGGAAGGAUAUUUAUCAUCUCCAUUUUAUAAAUAUGAAAACCAAAGAAGUUAAAUUUAUUCAAAAUCAUUAGUUACUACCAUAUUUAAGAUUAGAACUUAAGUUUCCUGGAAUCUAGGGUCCUUUCUAAUAAACCUUAUUGAGCACCUACUGUGUGAAGAAGACAGUUAAGGAUGUUAUUUAAACACAUAUAACCACAAGAAUUGGUUUUUGGAAUGGAGGCACCAAGUCAAGGAGCUUACCAAAAAAUAGCCCAAGUAUAUUUCAUAUGAUCUCAUAUGAUUACCACUUGUUAAUAAGUUAGUCAUCAGUUGGUACUAUGAAGAGGAAAAACAUUAAAUAAACUAAACCUAAAGUAA